AUGGACGAGAAGUUCUCAAAAGCCCAAGAGGCCAUUGUCUUCGCCCGCGACAACUCGACGUACUACAAGCGGCUAUACCAAUCAGUGCAGCAGGAUGAGCCAGAUCUAGAGGACGUGCCAAUCAUCUACCCAGAUGACUAUUGGAACUCGGCAAGAACUGACCCUUCUAGUGUCAUGACCGGACCAUUCACCGCCGGGAAUAUUUACUGUAUAGGCGGACCUAGCAACAAGGUUGAGACUGUCCAACUAUCAAGGGAAGAGGAAUUCAAGCUCUCUAGGGCUAAGUCUAUUUUAUGGCAAGGAAUUCUUGAUCUUGAGAGAGGAGAGCGUAUUGCGAAUAUUAUGAGCCCCCAUGACCUUCAUCUCGGCUUUUGGGAUACGGUAAACACAUCCAGUGGAAUGCUUACCCCAGAGUCAGGAGUUCAACUGUUUAUAUCAAGCGACAAGACAGUGGACAAUAUUGCAGAGGAAGUUGAAAGAUUCCAACCCAGCGUUGUAUUCGGAUCGCUAUCCAACAUCUUUCGGCUUAGCGAGCACCUUGGCGAAAGGCAUAGCACAUUGCCAUCGGUACGAGCCAUACUAUACCUUGGAGAGACCGUGCCCAGGAAUAUUACCCGGUCGUUGCAUGCUGGAUUUCCGAACGCUAGACUGUAUGCGCCGCUGUACGACAAACCUCAGCUAGGCCCCCUGGGUUUUCCAGGUGCCAUUCCAACUAUGAUUGACCGGGAUAUCAACCCGAUAUAUAGGGUAUGCGAUUAUGCUGCAGUCGUGGAAAUAGUGACGGAUGAUGGUGCUGUUAUCAAACAAACUGGUGUUAAAGGAAAUAUUGUCAUCACGCAUCUAAUCCGCCGCCUGCAACCUCUAAUACGAUAUCCUAUCGGCGACAUUGCAGAAUGGGUAGACUACGGUUCUCGAAUUUUCAAGUACUGCGGCAAAGCAUCGACCAAGAUCAAGGUUGCCAACACUAUCUUGGACUGGUCUACAUUGAAGGAUAUCACUAGCGACGCCAUGAAGACCGACGUCAGUGGACGAUUCCAAUGCAUUCUGCGCCUUCAAGAUGGCCGUCCAAAGCUUGUUCUUCGGCUGGCAUAUCCGAGGCCAUCAGAAGCGGGAGAAUUGCGCCAUAAGAUCGAAAAGACACUAUGGAACACAUCCUCGACAUGGAAAAGCGAUCGCCAGGCAGGUGCCAUUUUAUGCCUUCGCUUGGAGUGGGUCGAUGAUAUACUACUUUGCGUUGGGGAAACUGGAGAAUUACUCGAUGUAGUGGAUGAGCGUUAG